AUGUUGGCUGUCCAUUAUAUUUGCAAGGAUUUGGGGUUGGACUAUGUUUUGAUGGCAAUUGGGACUGUUGGUGCCAUUGUUCAUGGCUCUUCGUUGCCUCUGUUUCUUCGAUUCUUCGCCGAUCUUGUGAAUUCUUUUGGGUCUAAUGCGAACAACAUUGAUAAGAUGACACACGAAGUUAUCAAGUAUGCGUUUUACUUCCUUGUUGUUGGGGCUGCAAUAUGGGCAUCUUCAUGGGCAGAGAUUUCGUGUUGGAUGUGGACUGGAGAGAGACAAUCGACAAAAAUGAGGAUUAAGUACUUAGAAGCAGCUCUGAAUCAAGACAUUCCAUUUUUCGAUAUAGAGGUCCGAACUUUUGAUGUCGUUUUUGCCAUUAACACUGAUGCAGUGAUGGUUCAGGACACCAUUAGCGAGAUGUUGGGGAAUUUUUUACAUUAUAUGGCAACAUUUAUGUCUGGAUUUUGUUGA